UUGUGGCUGCAAGUUUUUUGGAUGCUGGCUAAUUGUUGGGAGUAUUGUCCUGCACUCCACGGCCUGAACCAUCCUUAGUCAAGAUGAAAUGCCGGUGGCUGCUUUUUUCGAAACCACACGACGUAAAAUGCGUGCGUUAGACUCGAUGUGUAAGUGAACGUUUGGCACGUUGUUUACGACAACAACAUCAUAGCUGAUAAGUAAACCUGCAGGACGAUGUUUCCAGCUACUCCAAGGUGAUGUGUGAUGUGUCGUCGGCAGAUAAUACGCUUUUCAAGAUAAAAAAACUUGAUAGUACGUGUGCGUACGAUUAUUCGGUGCUUGCGUUGAGCGGUUCUUAGCUGCUGCCAUUUUUGCAAACGAAGCCUGUGGAAGUGGCCACUUCUAGUUCAAGUAAGCAGUCAAUCUUUUCGUUCAGUUCGUCGCUACCCAUUGCAAGUUCAUGGUAAACCGUUUUCAUUGAUGCAACCUAGUAUGCUACGGCUUAGAAAAUUGGUGCCUAGUGCAAUAUUAAAGUUGAACAUUUAUACGAUUUGCUGCUGGCUAUGCUUACUGGUUCCGCCUACUUGGAGCAGUGCGAACAAUCUGCAUACGUACGAUGCCAUAAGUACACACCACAUCAUAGCGGGCGACGUGUUUUUCGAAAUCCUCGAUCCGCCCGAGCUCGAGUACACGUACCGGCUGAGGCCAGCGAAAGAUUUCGGCGGUAGCUUCGGUACAUCGUACAAGGCGUCGCGAGGAAAGCUGGUUCCCGCCGUACCGGCGGACGCUUGCAGUCCAAAAUUCGUGAACGGCGAGGAACUUGCCGGUAACAUAGCGCUGGUUGAGCGGGGCGAAUGCUCGUUUUUGACAAAGGCCGUCAACGUUGAGGCGGCAGGCGGUGCGGCCGUAAUCAUUACUGAACUUGAUACCGAUUCCGACGACUAUGACUACUACAUUGAGAUGGUGCACGACAACACGGACCGGGACACCGAUAUUCCGGCUGCAUUUUUGCUCGGAAAAAAUGGACUCAUCAUACGGAAGACACUGAACAAGCUGAAACAACCGUACGCCGUUGUGAACAUCCCGGUAAACCUGACGUUUGUGCAGCCACACGAGAUAAAUCAACCACCGUGGCUGCAGUGGUAACAACAGUGCGAUUUCCGGGGGAAACAUCAAACUCACAUUACCACCAUCGGUUUCGUCCACUUCUGGGCGAAUACGUUAUUAACACCAAUUUGCGAUAAUGAGUGAUAUUUUACCACAACGAGGCAAACUAUUUCUGUGAAGUGAGUGCGAACGAAUCGGCAAGACGACUUGAUUGCAGUGAUAAUUAGUUGCUCGGGAUUAUUUCCUGGAGAAGCGAUUUUCUGGAUGGCUAUUAAGAUAAGAAACAUCGAACGCCUCAAAACCAUGACUCUGUUGGAACUUGCGCCAUUCGCCUGGCUGCUUGUUGCUACACUUGCCUCGGUUCGUGGAGGAGCCGCCGUCCAGGUCGCGCCUGUAUUACCAUUAACGAUUAGCCUUCGUCACUCACCAAACGGCGAUCCACUCCACGUCCAGCGGAUGGAGCCGUUUUGGGCAAGUACCGGUUUGUGUCCACCGGAGCCCCGCAAUAACACUGCAACAUUUCUGCUGUCGCGGGAUUCACUACUGAACCUGCAACUGAUUGGAUCAUUGACGGAUCGUGCCAUCAGCCACGUGCGAAUCCAUUGGUUGUUGGAGCUAAUACGGGUGUAAGUAUAAAACAUUGUUGAUUGGUUUGUUCAUUGUUUUUACGGUUGAUUUAUUACUUUGUAUGGAAUGCCUCCGUUUACGAAAUUAUUAAACAAUUGUGACAAAUGAUGCUUGACAUAAGAUACGUUUUUAUUGUACAGAAUAAAUUAUCGAAACAAGA